GCCAGCUCCAUUUGGACGUCACCACCAAGGGCUGCAUCUCAUUGUCCUAUGUACUCUGCGUGACCGUCCGUACUUGGCCAAUAGGGCACUUUGACCAUGGCAAGACCAUCGGUACAAGCUCUGCCGGCUUCCAUGUCGGGAACUUGUCGACAGUGCCGGGUGCAGAGCAGAUUUCUUCUGACAAGCCUAUCGCCAUGGCUACAGCUUUCAGGUCGCCGACAUGGCCUCACUGCAUCUAGGUCCAAUUCUACAGAUGCACAGAUCCAAGCCGCCCCAGAGAUCGAUCUCUCAAACUCCGACACCCCAGCAGUUCCUGCUCGGAUUCUCCCUGCAUCUCCUUCGUACUUCACAGCAUCACCGCUUUUCAACGACAACGUCUUGCUGCUACAAUCCCUCGUCAAGAAACAUAGCGCGCUCCCUCUUGCAUCUCCCGACAAUAUCCCACGUGGAGUCUGGUUGAAGCUCGGCCAAUACCGUAGUUCCACGGGCGAAACAGUCCCUGCCUCGAAAUAUACAAAGGUCCUAGAGCUCUUGACUCGACUGAACAAGAUUCAUCCACGAAUACGACCGAAGGAAGUGAGAGAAGUCUUGGAUCGCUUUCGCCGGCCGGGUUCGGAACGGUUGCAAAAGGCCAAACCUGGAAAGAUUGAUAGGGUUGGGAGAUCGGUUGGAAUUGGCCGCAGAAAGGAAUCUGGUGCAAAGGUUUACCUUGUUGAAGGAACAGGAGAAGUACUGGUCAAUGGCCGCAACAUAGUGCAGGCAUUUCCUCGUCUACACGAUCGCGAGAGUGCACUUUGGGCAUUGAAAGCUACUGAGAGAGCGGACAAAUACAAUGUGUUCGCCUUGGUUGCGGGAGGUGGUGUCACUGGUCAAGCCGAAUCAAUUACCCUGGCUGUGGCUAGAGCGUUGUUGGUACACGAGCCAGCUCUAAAGCCAGCUCUUCGACGAGCUGGCUGUCUCACAUCGGAUAGGAGACGUGUCGAACGAAAGAAGCCUGGAAGGCUGAAGGCAAGGAAGAAGCCGGCCUGGGUCAAGCGAUGAGACGCUCGUCGACUGCAGUGGUACUUGUUUGUCUGUACAUUGUUGUUCAAAUACUUUUGUGUACCAAAUUUGUCCUAUCAUCAGGAAUCGGAUAUCAUUGAC